UGAUUAUUUCACCGGCGAAAAAAAUAAUGUUGCAGAAGAUUAUUCCGUCACGUUCUUUAUUUAACGGCAGUAAAUUAACGCCGUCAAAAUACUUCGCCGGAGCCCCGACCAACUUCUCCUCUUUCCCGCUCUCAGGUAAGAAGAAAUCAUAUUCUCUGAGAAUCAAAAGGAUUCAACAGCUUCAAAACUCAUUAGAAGAUAGAAUAAAUCCGCCUUUAGUAUGUGGAAGAGUAACUCCUCGUCUUUGUGUUCCUGAUCAUAUACUAAAGCCUUCAUAUGUUGAGUCUAGUGAAGUACCAAGGAUAUCAAGUGAGAUUCAGAUUCCUGACUCUAUAGGCAUUGUGAAAAUGAAGAAAGCGUGCGAGCUCGCAGCUCGUGUGUUAGACUAUGCAGGAACUUUGGUUAGACCAUUUGUUACUACAGAUGAGAUUGACAAGGCAGUGCAUCAGAUGGUUAUUGAGUCUGGUGCUUAUCCUUCACCACUUGGUUAUGGUGGGUUUCCGAAAAGUGUAUGUACAUCGGUUAAUGAAUGUAUGUUUCAUGGGAUUCCAGAUUCUCGUCCGCUACAGAAUGGAGAUAUAAUAAACAUCGAUGUCGCGGUUUACUUGGAUGGAUACCAUGGAGAUACAUCAAAGACUUUCUUAUGCGGAGACGUCGAUGAAAGCCUUAUACAGCUUGUGAAGGUCACAGAAGAGUGCUUGGAGAAAGGUAUAUCGGUUUGUAAAGAUGGAGCAAACUUCAAACAAAUUGGCAAGAUAAUCAGUGAGCAUGCUGCAAAGUAUGGCUAUAAUAUGGAGCGUUUCAUCGGUCAUGGUGUAGGAACGGUAUUACACUCGGAACCUCUUAUAUAUCUUCACAGUAACUAUGAUUAUGAACUUGAAUAUAUGAUUGAAGGUCAAACUUUUACGCUCGAACCAAUUCUGACCAUUGGAACGACCGAGUUUGUAACAUGGCCAGACAAAUGGACAAUUGUGACAGCAGAUGGUGGUCCGGCCGCACAGUUUGAGCAUACGAUUCUUAUUACCACAACUGGUUCAGAAAUUCUAACCAUUUCAUGAACUAUAUCAAGAAGUUAGAUCAUUAACCAUUUCAUGAAUAUGGCCCUGUUCGUUUCUCCAUUUUGCAUAUUCAUCCAGAUGAUCCAUUCAAAUAAUCUAUGUGGAUGAUUCAUCUCUUCUCCAAAUGAUGAAACGAACAAGAUAUUAAAUGAUUCAUCUGGAUGAUUUAUCUGGAUGGAGAUGUGUUUGUUU